AUGCGCGAGAUGACGAUGGCGCUCACUCGCGACUGCAACGCCGAACUCACGCGACAGUUCCGACUCACCUGUGGAGGUUCAAAGUGUGGCUUCUACCUGUACCGCAUCCUUGGGCAUCCGCAAGCUGUCGCGAUGGAGACUCCGGCAGCCCUCAGCAACAGCAGCUCGUACUUCCCAUCGCCGGCCGACCUCCUCAUGGUCUUCCCUCGUCUCCUCUCCAAGGCGAGUUCGCUUAGCGACCUGGUGUGGUCUGGAGGGAGUGUCAUUGCGGAGCCUACCAAGGCCAACAUGACAAACACCACAGCUGCGAUAACGGCAGGGAAGUUCAUACAGGAAUCUGCAGCUGCUGCGGCUUCGGGUUCUGUAGCUUCUCCGGAAGAAAUCGGCAUCUUCCAGGCGCUGAAGAAUAUGGCCAGCUUCUUCAGCUACAUAACCAGCAAAUGGGCAAUAGCGACGUUUGCUACAACCUUUCCAGGAUGGUCCGAAGUGCAAUAUGGCGCCGCCGGAAGACAGCUCGAUACCGACUUUGCUGGUGAGGGAGGCUAUCUAUGGCAAGCGUCAUCCAAGGUUCUCUUCUGGGAAUCCAUCGAGGACUCCUGCAGGGCAGCCAACAUGCUUCCCAGUGAUGAAGAGUCAACGCGGCCAUCCGGCUCGCUUGCCAUCCUAUGGCCUUUGUUUCUUUCACUCGGCAUUAGCCACUUCGUGGAAACUCUCUCCUGUGCUCUCCAGGGUCGCCAACCCGUGCAAGAGGCUGGCAUGACCAUCUUUGAGCACUCGCUCGCUUUUGCUGAAGCUGAGGCUGUUGUGACGAAGCCUUUAGCUAUCGACACGACACGAUUCUUCAAGCCCAAGCAGAUGUGGACACCAAACGGGUCAUCCUUCAUGAUGCCUCGGUCCAGUUUGAACAAGAUCGUCAACGUUCCACCUGAAGUUUUGAUCAUUUCGCUCAUUUCCAGUAUCAGCCAUUUCACCAGCAACGCUCUUGCAAUCGCGGGCGUGAGGUCCAGAUACAGGCUCGUCACCACGACCAUCUGGGGUCUGGCUUACAUGGCCACAUUCUCCUGGAGCUUCGUCAAGCUCACAAGCCGGAUUGCUGAUCCCAACCAGUCACCAGUGGUAGGCUUCAUUCCACAUCUUCUGAUUCUCGCUGGCAUCUUUACGUGUGGCUUGAUCUACCUUUUGGCCCUCUUCAUUACGGUCUUAUCUCCGCCACCAGGCCAGCCAGCGUCGUUGACUCUACGGGAAAGAUUCACCGUUGCUUACAACAACCUUCAUGCCAACAUUCAUCUAUCAGCAACCGCGCCUCUGACCAUCAAUUGGCAUGAGGACUUUUACACGGCAAUCCUAAAGGUUGGCUUCACAGUGUUGACAGCAGCUAGCGAAGCAGUUUUCCUGAAUGAGGGCACUAAAGUACAUGUUCAUCCAAUGACAUGGAUUGAGAAGAAGAGACUAGAAGAUAUUGUGACCCGUCGCAGGAAAUUCCGCCAAAGCCUGACCAACAUCCCCCCACAAUUGCGAAGCGGCACCUUGGCUGCAGGCGUCGAAGUGGUAGAUGGCAUCGAUGGAGACACACCAAAUCAGAGUGCAACAUCUGGCUAUGCCACUGAACGCAAGACACGCGGCGCGAAGAGCGCAGCGGACGCCACCAGGACGACCGGUCACCGCGACCCUGCAGGUCUUGCACAGCGCAGGAACCGUUUCUUCUUGACUUUCCGCUUCUUCCGAAGCAUAUUUAUGCUCAUUGCAGCGAUCCAUGCUCGCUUCACGUUAUCGCUACUCGAAAAGCUCCGGAUAGCCUACCGACCACGGUGGAUGAGGCGUCUGGCCGGACCUCAGGAGAUGGACAAGAUGCGGCCUGCGGAUAUGCGUGGGGGUUCAUACAUGGUGCCAUCCGCAGACGAAUCGUGGCUGACUCUUGACGACCGCAGUCGGUUCCGUCCUGAUAGCAGUUUCGAUGUCGAGACAUUUGCCAAAGAGAGGCUGCGUCAGAGCGGCUUUUAUGCUGAGCCCGAUACUGAGGUUGCGGAGGAGCGGCUGGACGACUACCUAUAUUCAUGGUGGCGCAAUGGAGGUCGAUGGGGUGACGUUGAUAGCAGCACUGACUACAUGCCGCCCCAGGAUGAUGAUACUACAAGCGUUGUUUCUUUCGCGACGGAAACAGACAACAGCGAAUGGUCGGAUGAGGAGGAUGGACAACGCACACCCACACGCGAGACUUACCAGCGUAGUCGGGAAGCUACGCCAUCAUCAGAUCAUACGAUGGAUCUCGCCCGGCUCUCGCAUCUGCUUGACCCAAAGACGAGCGAAGACCGCGAGGAGGCCAGGCUGUUGGCACGUCAUCUUGAAAGUUCCAAGAUCUUGACACGGUCACAGUACAGGCAGAUGCGCGAACGCGAUGAGGCCAAGAUCUUGACCACAUCACGGUACAAGAUGAGCGGCACAAUGAAGAUGUCACCCGAAGAGGAGGAGCAGCUCCUCGAGGACUUCAUCCUGAACAAACGAUCGGCUAUGCCAUUACCAGGACAGAGCAAUGCAGGCAGCUGGGAUACUGGGGCGGAGGGCAUGGGUGCUGAAGGGCCCCAAUGCGUGGUCUGUCAGCUGUCGCCAAGGACGGUCCUUGUUUGGCCGUUUGUGCUGGGCAAUGCUGCAUGUGAUGGAUGCAAACUGGUGGAGUGGGCCCAUGAAGCUGUGCGUCUACCAGUAGACAAUCGCGCCUGCCCCACGCUUAGUAGUCAGGACGCAGUAGUGCACCUGCAGUUCGCCAUCGUCAUCACGCUUGCGUGCGAAGUAGUCCCGCCAAGCUUGGCAACGAAAACGAAGGCGACGCGACGCGAUCGAGCGCUCACCAGCAGCGACGGAAACGCGGUGGAGACUUUCGGACUGAGGGCCAACGAGGCAUCGACGCCCCCGCCGAGGAAUCGAAUCAGCGAAUAUGAGAAUGCGCGCGUGAAGACGCCCAAGAAGCCUUCUGAAGGGCCCCUGUUCGAGGUCAUCAAGAGCAACAGGAGGCCCGACGAUAAGAGCUCCCCUAUCGCGAAGCUGCCGAAUGAGGUCCUGAUCCAUGCAAUUGCCCAUCUUUCGCCCAACGACCUCGCCGCCGUGUCCCUCGUGUCGCGCCGCUUCAACGACCUGGUCACCACCCCUCACGCAUGGCAGGUUGCAUUCGGCCGCUACUUCCCCGGUCCGCUCGCGCUUGAAGACGCGGAAAUCCGCGCUGCUUUGGAAAACACGGGCGAUGUGGUGCGCUCGGAAAAGAGGAGGUUCACGAGGCUCACAGCGUUGGCAUCAUGGAGGAGCGAGUACAUUCUGCGCACGAGGUUGCUGAGAUCCAUGGCUCGUGGCAAGCCUGUGCAGUUACCCGCAAUGCCCUCACGCGCCGGACAAACGCAAACUGCUACACCCUUCCUUGAGUACAACGCCCAGACCUUUACUAUCAUCAACCAUCUCCAUGCUACUUUCGGAUCGGGUCUCAAUAAACGCAUGCCACGCUUCAUCCAUGGCGCAGACGAUGUUGGCAUGGUCACGAGCAGCGACCCGACAACCGGCAAAGUAGAUCCAUGGGGUCAAAGUGAUCCUAAUUUCUACGGCCAAUUCUCCGAGCGAUUCCCUGGCGUUGCCGAAUGGGGCCUCGGCUCUGGUCACGUCGUUGGUCGUCCCAAUGUUAUGGAUGUGUCUCAACCAUACGGCAUGAUCUACGGCCAAGGCUGUCCAGAGGGGUCCUGCUAUUAUCGUUGCAUUGAGGAAAUGCGUGGGCGUUUCAUUGCAGAACCCACCGAGCUAGCAUUACCGGAAGCUGGUAUACCUAAGCUUGGUGUCGAUGGCGGUGCCAUCUGUAGCGUGUGGAUAGCCAAGUCGAACACGAUACCUACGCUGUCCGAGGGCGUGAUUGGCAUGAUGAUGGGUUCCGCUGCCGGUGUCGUAUCCGCUUGCAGCCUUGGAACAGACGGGCUCCGUGCAACCCGGUUACAGCGCGGUGAGCUUACGGCCCGCUGGGUGCUUAGCCCGGGCGUACCCAUUAUUGCAAUUGUCGUGGACGAAAACUAUUCGCUGAAGCGACAAGCGCAGAACCGCAUCUGGGCUGUCGCACUCAACGCCCUUGGAGAGUUGUUCUAUCUCACCAAGUUCCCCACCCGCAAUUUGACCGUCAAAGGAGAUAUUGAGGAGCACACCGAAUAUCUCGCAUGGCUUACUGGUCGGAGUGUCUACUGGAACAUCGUCGAACCUAGUAGACGCGUUGCACGACCGGACCCGUACAGUGAUGCUGAGAUUGACGGCAGCUACUCGCCCCGUACAUCAUGGGACGGCAUGUGCUUGAGCAAAGAGCAGACCAUGGCAGAGACCAGGGAGAUUCAACAAUACAUCCGCAGAGAGCCAAAAGACUUCCGAAAAGCGUGCUUGGGAUGGGACAUGCGUCGUCGGCUUGAGGUCGACUUUUCAGGUGACGAUGGCAAUUAUGCAGGUGAAGCCAUGGUGGUCUUCGAAUGUGGGCUCGAUGAAGGUCAGGUCGCGGACAUCAAUCGUUUCACUCGGGUCAAGACCAAUGAGAAAGAAAAGAGCACCACUACUUCGACCCGCAUCACAACGCCCCAGUCCACUCAGCCUACCUCUUUGUUUGGAGGCUCUGGCUCUGGUACGCCCGAUGUUGCAGAGACAUCUCAACGCAUUCGUCGUUCGUCAUACAUGUCGGUCUCAAGCUCACCGGAGCGAGACAACCUUGUUGAGGAGUGGCGUUCUUCAAAGCUUACUUUUGGUGGCUUCAAGAACACUCAGCUAACUUGCACAACCCUGGACAUCUCAACGUUUGCAGUUCUCACAAUGUCAGAAGAUCCGGCUCUAGGAUUCUCGAGUCCUUCGAAUGCUUCCUCGCCAUAUGCCUCGCCUAUGUCUGUCGCUAGUCAGCCAGCCUCACCUUCUGACAUACCUGGCCAACGCGCACGCUUCGUCGCGGCAGGCACGAAGACUGGCGUAGUCUUAGUUUGGGAUGUGCGUGCUCCUGUAUCGCGCUCUUCAGAGUUCCCCAACACAAUCGAGCCUAUCAGGAUUAUCUACACUGAGUCGCCUGAGAUCUCUUGCUUGGCCAUGUCUGCUCUCCAUCUCAUCGUUGGAGGCAACGAUGGCAUCGUCCAGGCUUGGGAUCCACUUGCUUCGAGCAUGACACCCGUGCGGACAUUGCAUUCGCGAUUCAAGUCGCGCGCUCGAAGGCAGAUCGCGCAAGCUCAAGCCUCAAUACAGGGAGUCGGGAUCAACAUGUUCGCCGCCGGCGCGAUUUGCCUUGACCCCGAUCCGACUGUGCUGCGUGGUGCGGUAUCUCUUGGCAACGUGCUACACUACUGGAGCUACAGUUCUUCGGCAGCCGACCAGCACAAGAGCAGCAAGCGCAGGCUUCGACGACCGGAACGCGGAAGCAACAACACUCCCGAGCGCUUCUCUGGCACUGGUCGGGUCAACUUGAAAAAUUACAUCUCUAACGAGAAGUAUGAGUUGGAGCGUGACAAGCACGAGCGUCGCAAGCAGGCUGAGCGCUUGGCUGGACGCUUCGGAACUGAGCUCCUAGAUGAGGAAGAGGCUCUAGCUUACGCUGCCAUGUUAUCUCAGGAGGCUCUCGAGGCUGAAGAGAAGAAGCGCCGUGAGAGUCAGAGCACUAGUACCACGGGUGACGAAACUGUCACGCCCGAGUCCAGUGUACUUGGACAGUCGUCUUCGCCAACUUUGAAAGGUGACGAUGAGCUCGAUGCGGACAUUGCCGAAGCCAUCCGUCUCUCUCUGAACGACAAUCCCGGACCUGUCUAUAACGAGCGCAGCUCAACGCCACCUUCUGCCUUCGAUAUCCCGAUCAAAUACGCCAAAGGCAAGAAAACAUCUUCGCCACGAUCAAAGGCUAGCCCGUCAACAAAGGGCAAGGCUGUUGCGGGCUCAAGCAAUGAUAGUGAGCUUUCCGAUCUAGAAUUUGCGAUGCAGCUGUCCCUCGCAGAAGAGGCGAGCCGCAAGGAAGCCGAAGCCAGCGCGGAUGAUCAAUUUCCUCCAUUGAGUCCCGUAGCUGGUGUCAAGGGCAAAGGCAGGAUGCUUUAG